AUGCAGCUCUGGGUUGGCUGGGCACUCUGGCAGAAGCUGAGCUUUGUGCUUGCAGGACUUCUUGCAUUGGUCCUGCUCUAUUCAUUUGGUGUUCUGGCCUACAAUAGACGGAAGACGAAGAAGUAUGCCACCGCUGAAGCACGGCAAAGGGCCGAGAUGCAACCUAUGCUGGCCGACCAAAGCGAGAUACCGUUCGGCGCUAGAGCUCUUGAGAAGGGGAUUCAAGUGGAAGGCAUAUGGACUCCAGACUGUCGCUCUGCAAGACAGUCCACUGCUCAUUCGGAAAGCAGACCAGAAAGUAUCGCCUCAGCAUCAAAGCAGAUGUCAACGAUGGCCCUAGGAGAGAAUAUCCAGGGACCAGAGCGUACAUACCAGCCGGUAACCACUUCAAAUCUCCUUGACCCACGCAGUCCUUCGAAGGUAUUAGAUGUCGAACAUGGACGGCUCGAGGACAUAUAUGGUUUAAGGACAAUCCGCUCUCCCCAGCUGGAUGCCCGAGGGAACAUUGGAGGCGAGAGCUUCCCCAACUCGGAAAAGCAUCGAUCAAGAGGCUGGUUUGGUGCACGAAGCUCAUGGGUCAAGAAACCAUUCGAGAGUUCCAAGAGAAGAUCAACACAGGAGGGUAAGCCACAAAAGUGCCUGGACUUGUCGCGAAAAGCU